UCAAGCUAGUCUGAGGUUGCAGGGCUGGCCCCCCCCCCCCCCCCCGUUUUGGAGAAGUGCCGCCUGAAGCCUGGACAAAUUGGGGGAAGGGAAGUACGAAAGUAAAGUGGGGCUGCACUUGCUCCGCCGGGUGUUUUUUUUUGUUUUUUUGUUUUUUGCUCCGCUCCUUUUUCUGUCGGAAGGGAGGGUUUACACGGCACACGCGAAGCGGUGUGGAAUCCCGGAGACGGCGGGCCGAAGUGGUGCGGGCUUUGCUGCUCGAAGUUCCCGUUGCGCCCGGGCUGCCAGGCUUAUGAGACAUUGUGUCAUCGUGCCCAGCUGGGGCAAGCGGGAGGAAAAUCCCUGCGAGCCAAAUUUGGCACUGGAGGGGAGGGGAGGCGAGGCGGAGGAGAAAUGCCAUCUUCAGUGAUUUGCGGCGCCUGCUGAAAGAGACCGGCUCCAGUACUUAAUGCACAAGGAUCGUCGCCCUUCACAGCUCGGCGGGUGAACCCUUUUAUUGAACUUAGAGACAUUUUUUUUAAAAAAAAAAUGACGAUCUGCUUGGAAGCAUCAUGGCCAACGGGACGGGGGCGACGGUCAUGCUGAAAUGCGUGGUGGUCGGAGACGGAGCGGUGGGCAAAACUUGCCUGCUCAUGAGCUACGCCAACGAUGCCUUCCCGGAGGAGUAUGUGCCCACCGUCUUUGACCAUUACGCAGUCAGCGUGACUGUUGGUGGGAAGCAGUAUCUCCUUGGGCUGUAUGACACUGCGGGACAGGAAGAUUAUGAUCGCCUGAGACCAUUAUCUUACCCCAUGACUGACGUCUUCCUUAUCUGCUUCUCUGUGGUAAAUCCAGCUUCCUUUCAGAACGUGAAGGAGGAAUGGGUGCCAGAGCUGAAAGAAUAUGCCCCAAAUGUACCCUUCUUGUUAGUUGGAACCCAGAUUGAUCUUCGUGAUGAUCCCAAAACUUUAGCACGGCUGAAUGACAUGAAAGAGAAACCAAUAUCUGUGGAGCAAGGACAGAAGCUAGCAAAAGAGAUAGGAGCUUGCUGCUACGUGGAGUGCUCAGCUUUAACACAGAAAGGACUGAAGACCGUUUUUGACGAAGCUAUUAUAGCCAUUUUAACUCCAAAGAAACACACAGUGAAAAAAAGAAUAGGAUCAAGAUGCAUUAAUUGCUGCCUGAUCACGUGAGACCCCCACUGGGACAAUGGCCACACCUACUGUGAAACUUCCCUGCAUAUACACUUCUUAAAACCCUCCUGUUACCUGAUCAUAAAUUAAUUUGGAAGCUGAUUUUAGGAAUUGGCAUUUGGUGAAAUCCAGAGGGUGGGGGAGAGGGGAGAGGACAAAAAUCCCAUAUCUGUGAAGAAGCAAGCAACCAUCUGUUCCAAAUAAUUUAUUAGGACUGGAAGGAAAAUACAAUCUCUCAGGGGUAACACAAUUUAGGACAGAUGCAUCAGCAUGUUGCCACAGCAUCCAAACCAUGCUGUGAAAGGAGGUGCAAGGCCCAAUGAUGCUUUGAAGAUGUCUGGGUAGCUUUGACCCACACGGAAGUCUCUGCACAGUCUUGAUAGAAUCGGCACAAGAGGAAAACAAAACCAAGCCUUCUCUCUUCUUAGCGCCCAUCAUCUGCUUUUGUAGGUAAGCUGCUUCCUAUUCCAGUAUAUCCACAAAGGUGCAAUGAGGAGACCAGCCACAUAGCCAAAGGUGGCUCCGAGCGAACAGGAAAUGGGCCACACCUAAAGGAAGAGAAUGCUGCAUUAAAAGCUAGACAUUACGGCUUUAUGAACUUUAUGAGCACAAGUUGUUUUGGGUGUAAUUUACAGGAAAAAAAACCAGAAUGCAGUACAGGAUCCAUUUUAGAGCUUCAUGCGCUUUCUUGGAGAAUGCCCAAAGUGUUAGUGGUCAUCGAGCCUUUAUUAUGAACACUAAAUGUUGUGCAGCUUUUAAUUAAUAUGCAUUAAAAUGUAACUAGGCUUCUGGGUAUGGCAGCUGAUGCUUGAUAAUUUUCCGAAACCAGGCAAGAAGCUUGGGUAGCAUUUCACCUGCUAGUCUUGGAGGGCUGCAGCUGCUGCAGUGUUCAUGCCUCUCAAUGAAUUUGUUAGUCUUUAAACAAAUUUGAUAGUGGAUGCUUGAAACAGUUUGUGAUCCCCCUCCCCCCCCCCUGCAUUCUUACAUUGCUGAAUAGCAGUUUGACAGUAAAGCACAACUGAAGUGGAAGGACACAUUGGGAUGGUUUGUCUCCACAUUGUCAUCUUCCUCCUCAAGGGACUGUUAAGGCCCAGGAGAGGAAGUGUGCAGCCCAUUUCCGAAGCUGCCAAACGUUUCCCCAGCACCAUACUAGGACUACACAUCAUGUGCAGGUUUUCCUUUCGUUUUCUUAUCCCUAGCCAAUGCUAAACAGAAUGCCCCAAUUACAGUGUUUCUGUGCCAUGUGUCCCGAGUGUUCCUUCUCCCUUGUCAAGGCCUGCAGUGCCUACAUUAUGGUGAAUGUGGCCCAACAUUGACUGUCAGCAAAAAGGGAAAGUGAAAUUUAGACGAGUGAAGUCUCCCUCAUACACAUGAAGUACUUUCAUUUGUGUUUGAAGCCUGUGCAUUCUAGACCCAGCACAUUCUCUCCAACACAGGCCAACCAGCCACGCCAGAGAGCACACCAGCAGCAUAAAGUGCAAAAAAAUAGCAGCAGUCACCACAUUAAAACAAAGCUGAGUUGACUGAUGGUGUGAGUUUUAAUUUAUGAAUUAACCAAAUAAAUAUUCUUAAAUGCAGUUAGGAAUACAAGAAUGGUUUUGGAAGUGUGUGUGGGGGGGUACUUUUUGCUUUUAAGAUGAUUUGUGUGUUGCAGCAGGCAGCAUCUUAGAAGAGACAUUCCUGUUUGUGCGUGAGAGAGAAGGGAGAAUACCUCUCCUAAGAUGGCUUCUGCCAUCCUUUUUUUUAAAGGUACUUAUAUUUAAAAUAAUUAUGGUGUGCUUUUAAAGUGCUGCCUGAUUCAGGGCAGGUGUUUCAGUUAAUCCAAAAGUGUAUAGAUAAUGUAACCAAUGAAUUGAUUAAUACUGCAAUCUUAUGUGCACUUACCCGAGAAUGAAUCCCAUUGGGCGAUUUACUUCUGAGAAUGCUUAGGAUUGCUCUUGUAGCCAAAAAAAGUGUGCAGGCAGUUCUAUUAAAUAGGCAUCCAGCAGAGUUCCUUAGGAUGGCAGAUCUUUGCUAUACUGAUUGAGAGGCAUGGUAUGUCUGUAACAGUGUCUAAUAUGGCAAAAGGACGUGUCUGAGGGAAUCUUUGGAUUUGCAGGCUUUCCCCUAUACUCUGUGUGGCUUACAAACUAACAAGUCCAGUUUUUGUGGCAAACCACAUAUUGUGGUUAUGUCUGAUCCCCUGCCCCCAAACUGUAGUUUGUUCUCUUGUAUACAAACCUGUAUUGAACUGUAGCUUUCAAUCCUGGCAGGCAGAGGGAAAAAUCAAUGUUUCCUGGCUUAGAUACAAGAGUCAAAAUAAUCUAUGAGCUGCAUUCAAGGGAAGAAAGUGUGUAUGUGGGCUUCAGGAUAACCCCCCCCCCCCUCUAAUUCCCAUAAGCAGCCAUUGUUACAAAUAGACUAUGCCCAACUCCUCCCUCUUCGAAUCAAGGCAGCCCAAGUUAUGUUGUGAUAUCAUUGCAAUGGGCAAGGAGGGAUGGAAUUGUCUAAAGUGAGAGGAGUUGUAGGAAUAGUUAUCUUAUGCAGUUCCACGUACUUUUAGCAAAUUUUCCAGUACUAAGGACCAUCAGUGGGAAAAGAACGCCUCUCAACAGACAUCCGAAUAGCUUCUGCUGCUUGCCAGGAUGUUCAGAGUAUAAUCUCACAUGAUUUAAAUGCCAUUUCAGACUUGAAAUUUACAAUAAAAGCAAUCAAAAUAUAUGUUGAUUAUGUAAUUGGGAUAAUAUUUAAGAAAAUUAAAUUGCUGGAAGUCAGCUGAACUCAAAAUACUGAACUGACAUCCUCAAGAUUCAGAUGAAUUAAAGAUAUAAAUAUCUGCAUAAACUGGAAACACUGAAGAAACAUUAACAGAAAGGCAUGUAAAAAUGCUCCCAGUUAUCUAAGUUCUGUAUCUCCUUGCACGGUAUCUCAGCCCGCAAACACAAAAUCCAAAGUCACACUGGCUUCCUGGUUGUUCUGCGCAGUUACGAAAAUGACAACCUUGCUACUUUUGAAAUUAGAGAUUCUUAGAGUGCCAAAUUGUGUAUCAAGUGAGGUAACAUUAGUGCUAACACACUGAUCCUGCAAACAAGCAGAAUACCCAUUAAAACCAGAUGCAAAGUAAAACAAUACUCCACAUAAAAAAGCACUAAAACAACUGCAUGCAGCACACUGUGAUCUUUCAGCCCCACUGAGACAGUUGCCACUAUAUGUUACAGUACAAGAACACAGUGGUGCUGUUACAAUCAAGUACUGCUAAAUGCUGAUACUGAACACUGAUAGCUCAUACUUGUUUAGUGACUUGAAAGCUCUAUGCAGACAUCCUCAGCAAUUGUAGUGCGUUGAUCCUACCACAUUUUCUGCUUCAUUGCAUCUGAACCUCUUCCAUGUUCCUCAGCAUAGCCUUUUGGCUGGUCAAGAGAGCCCCUUCCUCUUUUGCCAGCAGAAAAGUUGGCAGGGUCCAACCCACUGUUAUCUCCCUAUCUGGUAUUCAUGUACUAAAACUGUGUUGUCACGGGCCCCUUGUGGCUGUUACAUUUCAAAAGUGGGAGUAGGGUGGGUACGUUGUGGAUAAGGCCUAUGCAUGCACAGGGGUCAGGCAAGACCUAUGUGGGCAUAACAGGGACAAGGAGUAAAGAAGGGAAAUCCCAAUUCUCCAUCAAGCAAACAUAAAAGGUUAUCUCCCUAGUUAGUUGAAAACUUAAAGACUUCCCUUGGCACCAGAGUCCCUACCCGGAAAAAGGAUCAACCCCAAUUCUGAAAGAUACUGGCCUGAUCAUCACCAAAUACAAAGUCAAGUUUCACUUUAGAGCACUGCAGCCUAGUUUGGCUCUUUUGUCCUAUGGGUACUGGCAAUGCUCUUCGUGCCUUCUGCUGGAUCGAGGCACUAUGUAUUCUGUUAAUCUUUCUAAAAGGCACAAUUUUUUUUGCCUCAUCUCCAGGACAACCAGUGAAGUAUAACCGAGACAUGUGAGGGGAAAAAAGCCAAAUUGUCUGUCCUCCAGCCUGGAGCUCCUGUCUGUGCUUAUACACCAGCGCCCUAAACCUUUUAAUAUAAUGAUCCAAGAAGAAGGAACAGGAGAGCUGAUUUGCUCUCUCCCAUAUCCUUCCAGCCAUUAGCCUUUUCAUAGUUUCAACUUUUCUUUCACUAUCUAGGAUUUGCUGUGCUUCAGUCUUCCCGCACUUAACCUUCACGUUCCUGGACGAGUGCAUUUAGUGUCAGAUUAUAUUCAUUUAGAGGUCUUGGAAAGUACAGAAAAGAUGACAACCAUCAUCUUUACAUGAGGUGCCUUAGGUACUGUUCCCUGACCUUGCUUAAAUUUUCCCCUCCUAGUUUCAGAAACAUAAUUGGUUUCAUUUAAUUACUGCUGUUUUUCAAACCAAAGAUUUGCUUGUUCCUACUCAUUAACAUGACACUGGGUAUCUUCUGCCAAGUGUUAAGAAGCUUUUACAUAAUACAAUGUAUAUUCGAUGCUAGUGUACUGUAAUGUGUAGCUGAAAGUUGUAUCUUCCCUGCAUAUUUUUAUUCACAAUAAAACUCAAUUUUAGCAGGAUUUGACCAGUGAUUAGAUGAAAACAAAAAGCAAUGAUUUUAAGAUAUAUUGUGACAUUUCCAGAGACACUUAUAACCCAAAAACAAGAAAGUACAUAUACAUUUGAAUCUGAUUGUGUACUUUCCCCUUCACAGGGGCAAUAGUUUGAUUUAUCUUGCAAUGGUAUAAAGUCUUUUCCUACAUUUGCCCCAAAUAUCUAGCACAACUAACAGGCCUGAUCUCUUAAUUGCGAUUCUGAAACAUGUAUGCUACUUCUUUGGGUCAAAUUCCAUCUUCCUUACCUAAUAUCACUAAAGGGAUAUUUUGGCACUCACCUUAACAAUGGCUCAGUAUAACUGGGUUCCCAGCUUAACAAGGAUUUUUAAACAGUUACAAAACUCUGGUCAAAUGGCACCUGGUUUGCCUUAGCCACCAUUAAUGUCUAUUAACCACAGUUAAGAGACUGGACCCAUUGCAUGUGGCCAGGCCAAAGAAGUUACUGAUUAUCUCUGAAGACUUACAAUGCACACUGAAGUCUUUGUGGGAAUCUUUAUGACAAAUUGAUAUCUUGGAAUCUUUUGCUCUUUACUGUAUAUGCACAUUUUAACUGUAUGUGUCAAAUGCUACUGUGAUUAUUUCUAGUGAGCAGCCUUUUCUCACUAGAAAAAGUGCUUUCUAAAUCAGGAAAAAAAUAAAAAUGACUCCUCCAUU